CCCCGAUGAUUUUCUAAUCGGGGGCAGCGGCGGGGCUCCGACGAAUCUCAGCUUUCCUUUCUGGACAAGUAGCAGAAUUCAGUAAAUGCUGCAUUUCUGAAUUUCGUGUUGAAGGUUUUUCUCCUGAGAGAAGUACCAACAUUGAUGCACCUUCAUUUUACAUACGCUUCUGUCUUCCGAGUUGGACGCAGCGUUGCCUGUGGCCGGACUCCGGAAAUCCUACGCAGCCUUUUCCCGGUUAUUGGAAUGGUGAGCCAGAAUACCUGAUUCUUGAAAAGCAAAGUGAGUCUGAUUAAAAUGACAUUGGUGCACAAGAAAAUAUUUGAGAGACUUUCCAAUGUCCCGCGGCAUGAAAAAUGUGAAAGUUACUUGCUUUUUAGCGAAGAAGUCAUUCUUGGCGAUGGAUUCCGUGCUGCCUUAUAUUUUCUUGGUCUUGCUUACUGUUUCAUUGGGCUGUCAGCUAUAACCGCCCGUUUCUUUCGUUCAAUGGAGAAUGUUGUGAAGCACACACGGAAGGUGGCGCAUAUGGAUCCUCAGACAAAAGCUCAAAUUAUUAGAUACGAGAAGGUUUGGAAUUACACUAUUGCAGACAUUACUCUCCUGGCCUUUGGGACUAGCUUCCCUCAAAUAUCAUUAGCUGCUAUUGAUGCCAUUCAAAACAUUGGAAACCUCUAUGCUGGAGGUCUGGGACCUGGUACCUUAGUGGGUUCUGCUGCAUUCGACCUUUUUCCCAUCCAUGCCGUCUGUGUUGUAGUCCCAAAAAAUGGAGAGUUGAAAAAGAUAUCUGAUAUAGGUGUAUGGCUAGUGGAGCUUUUUUGGUCCUUCUGGGCCUAUGUUUGGCUGUACAUAAUUUUGGAGGUGUGGACACCAAAUGUGGUUACACUUUGGGAGGCCUUAUUGACAGUGCUGCAGUUUGGAUUUCUUCUGAUACAUGCUUAUGCUCAAGACAAGCGUUGGCCGUACUUAUCACUCCCUUUAAAAAGAAGUGAGAGGCCAGAAGAAUGGGUUCCAGAAGAGGUUGUUAAACCUCUUGUAAAUGAAUAUGAUGAGCACUCUGAGACAGUUGCCAUUAAUGAAGAUGCAAAUCAGAAUAUUUUUUAUAGUUUCCCCGCUCCUUCAGUGGAUGGAAUAGUGUAUGAAAAGGUACCUGGAAGUGAAGAAGUGAAGGACCCUCAUGUAUUUCAACUAUGGAAAGAGCAAUUUGUGGAUGCAGUGAAGUUGGAAAGUCCACAAUCAAGGAAAUUCAACACUACAUGUCUAUGGCUAGCUAGUAUGUUUUGGCAAUUGCUACUUGCACCGUGGAGACUACUCUUUGCCUUUGUGCCUCCUUAUCAAAUUGCUUAUGGUUGGAUUGCUUUCAUUGGCUCACUGAUUUUCAUCACUGGAAUAGCUUACAUUGUGUCAAAGUUGACAGAUCUUAUAAGCUGUGUGACAGGAAUAAAUGCUUAUGUCAUAGCAUUUACAGCACUAGCAAGUGGCACUUCAUGGCCAGAUUUAGUAGCGAGUAAAAUUGCAGCUGAACGUCAGUUAACAGCAGACUCUGCUAUUGCCAACAUCACUUGCAGGUGUGUACUAUCAGAUGUCAAAUCUUACUUUUGGGGAGAGCUUUGCUUCAUUUAGACUAGGGCCACGAUCUAGAGGAUUGAGUGAUUGAGUUUUCCGUGAAGAAGUUUCUUGAAGAGAUUCCAACCAUAUCCUAGCUGUUUCAAUUUCCUGUGGAGGUGUCAACUAGCUUCUAUGUAGAUAGAAGUUCUUAAGUUCACAAUCAGUUUCUAAUUAGAUUGUUGACCAUACCUUGUCUGUGAUAGGAAAAAAUGCAUGUAUAAAACGUUUCAAAAUUUUGGUACGGACAUAAUGGAGGAGCCUGGGUGACUGAGUUUCUGUGAGGAGGUUUCUUUUUGAAAUGAUAAUUGAACUUGCUUUUUUCUUCAUCCUUUUGCAGCAAUUCAGUAAACAUUUAUAUGGGCAUCGGGAUUCCAUGGCUGAUUGAUACUGCAUACAACUUCAUUGUAUAUAAAGAACCACUACAUAUACAAAAUGCAGAGGGACUCAGCUUCUCUCUGCUUGUGUUCUUCUGUACCUCUGCAGGUUGUAUUGCCGUUCUCGUGUUUCGACGUCUAACACUAGGUGCAGAGCUUGGAGGCCCCAGGAUUUGGGCUUGGACUACCUCUGUAUACUUCAUGCUCCUAUGGAUUAUCUUCGUUGUGCUCUCUUCCCUCAAAGUUUCAGGCAUCAUAUACAGAUAACAUCGUCAUCAUAUUUUUCCGACCAAUCAUACACAUAUUUUGUUACUCCUCAUAUACACACGUACUAUGAAUGAUAUCCGAAGAUGUUUUCUUGGUAUUCGUUAGAAUAUAAUUAAGUACUCAGA